AUAGCCAUUAUCUAAACAUCCCAGACAUGCAAUUCAAAAUCAAUCAGGAUUUCGCUAAAAAUUAUAACCGGUAUCGUCAAAAGGAGGAAUACGAGAAACUAAAGGCUAAACACGGUGAUGCUAAACUGAAGGAUAUUAAACUAUCAAAGUUAGCUGAUACUAAUUUCAAAGUGGACGAAAAUGUAACCAUUGCUUCAGUUUCAGAUAAUGAUGAUGAAUCUACUUCAAGUUCCUCAGACACUGAUGAUAGUUGGGAAGAAAAACAACAAGAUGAUUUUUUGACUCUAUAUCAAGCAUUGUGUACAAAUGAUCCAUCUCUUAAUGAUCCCAAUAAACAAUGGUUUCGUGAACCUAGUGAAUCGGAUGAUGAAAGUUCAAAGUCCUCAGAUGAAAUUUCCGAGUCAGAAAUUAAUAAAAAUAACAAUAAACAAAUGCAAAUAGAUGCCAAGACAGAAAAGAAACGUGUUUUGAAACUUCGGGAUUAUGAACGCGAAUUUCUUUUGGCUCAAGAUGGAUUAGAGGAUGAAAGUGUUUCAAAGGAGGCUCAGAAGAUUGCUCAGAUGGAAAGUGAUGACGUUUUGAGAAAAAUGAAAACACAGUCGAUAGAUUUGUCAAAGGAACAAUUUAUACAAGAGGCCAAUGAAGCACUUAAUCAGGCGGCUGUAAUUUCAGGUGAAAUGAAGGACAAUAGGACCAGUGAGAGUAAUAAUGAUGACUUAAACUUUUUACGGAAGCGCAAAAGUGAAAUAGAACCACCUACUCCAAACAGAAAAAAGCGUAAAUCCCAUUAUGAUUUAGAUAAAAUAGUUUUUACUGAUUCAACUAACAAAGAAGCUGAAGAGUUUUUACGUGAUUAUAUUAUAAAUAAACGUUGGAUUGAACCUAAUUCACAACGAAGUAAUAAAAUUCCAACUUAUUCUGAUGUUCUACACGAAUCCGGCUUAGAUAUAAAUGGGGAUAAACGGAAAAAUCUUUUAAAUGAUGAUGAUAUUCUUGAUGAAGACGAUGAAUUCCUUGUUAAAUUAAAUAACUUAGAACAGGGACGUUUGCACUCUUUAGGUGUUAAUACGGGUGUUACAAAACUACAUAAAACUGAGCAUCGUUUUGAAGAAGAAGAUAAAGAAUUUAUAAAAUCCUACCCUCGAGUUAUAGAAAAUAGUAUUGGUCAAACGCUCUGUGUUAAAUCGAAACGAGCUGAACGAAGACAAGCUAAGAUUGAACGUAAGAGAAAAGAAAAACAAGCUAAACUUCAAGAAUUAACUCGCCUACGGAAUCUAAAAUUAAGUAUGCUAGCUGAAAAAAUUGAAAGAAUUAAACGUACUUGUGGUCCAGGAUCAUUAUUACUUGAUGCUAAUGAACUGAUUGAAUCACAGACUAAAGAAUAUGAUAGUAAUGAUAAUAAUAAAUUGAAAAAUUCGACCAAGGUAGAUGUCCUAGAUGUUGCUGAAUAUUUAGAUGAAGAUUGGGAUCCUGAAAAGCAUGAAAAGUUAUUGGACUCAAUGUUUGGAAAACAUUAUGAAGAAAUAGAUGAAGAGAUAAAAAAGCCAGAGUUUUCGGAUGAUAGUGAUCUAGAAGUGGAGCCUUCCGUAGAUGAUGGGCACGAUUCACACAUGAAACAACAUGAAUCAGAAACAUCUAUUAAUAAUGAUUCUGGAGACAAUGUACCACUAAAACACUCGAGCAAUUUGAAUUCUAACUACAAACUAUCUACUGCAAAUAAUAAUAAGUCAAUGCGUGGAAAACGGAGACUUUAUGAAGCAUUAGAGAGAAGUAAACCAAUUUUCGAUCCUGAUGAUUAUCCAGACUAUGAGAAAUAUUUGAAGAAUUUUAUCAGUUACAUUGUGAAGAUAUUAUACCCGGUCCUACUUCCAAUGAAGACGUUUACUGUCGUUUCAAAUAUCGUAAUGUUAUGCCAAAUGAUUUUGGCUUAAGUACAGAAGAAAUACUAAAAGCUGAUCCUAAAGAAUUGAAUGCAUGGGUAUCAUUAAAACGUAUCACAGCUUAUUUGUCACAUGAAGAAGAAAUGAAAGACCAAGAACUAUAUAGUUCUAAUUAUCAAAUGAAACGUAAAAUGAGUGUUUUAGGUUCAUUAAAUAAUCCAAACGCUACUUGGUAUCCUAAUGAAAAUCAAGAUAUUGAAAGUAGUGGUGGGUCAUCGAAAAAAAAGCGCAGACGUCAUAAAAAGAAAAAACGAUUCUAUUCAGAGGCUCAAGCAGUCAAACUCAGUGAUAACGACAACAAUAAUAGCAACAAUGUUAAUCCAAGAGAACAAAAUGAAAACGAUACCGAAAAUUCAGAAAAACGGGUGAAAUUAGGAAAAACGAAAAAGAAGUAUGUUAAAGACGCAAACAAAUUAGACACAAAGAAUAUCUUUAAGUCCCGUCUUCAAGCGGCUGGUAUAACCUUGAAAGAAUAUCAUCGUACAAUGCGGCGAGAAAACAAUUGUAAACCUGAAUGCGUCAAUAAAUAGAAUAUCUCUUGGUUUGAAAAUGGUUAUCUUCAACUUAACCAAUU